UUGUCUCCCAACAGAAUGAAGCAUAAAUCUGCCUAGUUUGGAGAACCAAUGCCCCCAUCUCUUAUGGCAAAUUGAAGUCACAGUAGAAAGUCUGGUGUUUUUUCUGCUUGUUUUUUUUUUUAUAGUUGUGAGACUUUUUAAUUCUUGGUUGGUGUAUGGAGCAGCAGAAUGAGAUUUCAUCCUCCAUUGUGGAACAAGUAGAAGAUGGAUCUGAAGAGAGCAGUGAAACUUCUUUGAUAGAGAAGUCCAGCAAACAGGAUGAGAGGGGACACAGAGCAGAGCUGGAUCUCCAAGACCUGGGUUUUUCAGAGUAUUUUGACCCCAUGAGCUCUGGAAAUUUUAGUGAUGGGAGUAACCCAGAGGAGGAAGCCCCAACAGAGCAAACUAUACUUCUGAAGCGCAUCAUGAGCUGGGGAAUGCACUCUAACACAUCUGAAGGUGAAUCCUUUCGUAGCCUUCCCUCUGUGGCUGCAAAGUCUCCUAACCUUGACCUUGAAUCCAUUACCUAUAAUUAUGAUACCCUUCUUGAUCAAGGCCGAAAGCGAAAGGUGAUAGAGAAUGAAUUUAUUGGUGUGACUGAGGCUGAUGGCAAGAGCCAGCCUCAGCAUAACCAAGUUCAGGUGUCAUGGAAAUCUAAAAGCCCAUCUCAAGAACAGGACAUUCAUAUACCAAGAAAUUAUUUAAUAGAGCGAAAGAUCCUGACAGCAUCCCAUCGAGGCUUAAGACAGACUCAAUCCUUGUUCAAUGCCAUGAAUACCAAUGAUGAUCCCCCUGAAAAGACCUCAAGUCCAACAUGUUCAUCUUUCCCUGUUGGGAAACUACCAAAAUAUGGUAUAAUUAUGGAGGACUUAUCAUCAUCACUAUUCCUCAAGCAGCCUCAGUGUCAGUAUCCUGAAGCCCCUGACAUAACUGUGAAGAGGAACUGGAGAUUGUCUGAGCCUCUGGCCCUCUGUGAAUUUAGUGAUAGUCCUCAACUAUGUAAAGAUUCAUCCAAGUCACAUCUACCUCCCAUUUCUGAAGAGCCAGGGGAAGAGAGUCUGAAGGGGAAAAGAGAUGAUCAUGAAGAGGCCAGAUCAAGAGAUCCAAAAUGUAACCUUCAUCUACCUCAAUGCCCAACCCUCCUCUUUUCGUUGAAAUCAAUAGAAAAGAUUCAAGAUGGUGCUGGACAGGGUGAUAUGUUUUUUCAGGGGCUCCAAGCCCAGACUUCAAAUUUGGAAAUGGUACCAUUAAAAUCAGUCACAGCACAGCUCUGCAUCCCAGCAGCAUUUAGAGAACUUGCAGGCAAAGGAGAUGGAAGUGAAUGUUUUAGAGCUUUUGAUGAUUUGGAAAAAUCAGAACCUCCACCUAUUCCAGUAAAUGUUUCCAUGAAACCGUCAUCAAGUAGAACAGAUCAAACAAGCUUCCUGUAUUCAUUGAAUAACCAGAAUGUAUGGAGUCCUAGUGCUAAAAACAUUCAUUUGGUAAAGAGCAAUGACCUGGUAUCUGGUGUAAAACAAAUAUUCCUGUCCCAAUCCAGUUCUCAGAUGUUAGUCUCUCAGCAUGAAAACCUUUUGCCACUUCCUGAGCAUCAGUGUGAACAUGAGACCCCUCUGAUGCUCCAUCCAACUUACAUGGAUGAGUGGGUCAAUGAAGUAGUCAGCCAACUUCUGUCUCAGUUAAAAGUGCAUCUCAAGGAAGAGAAGAAACCAAGGGAGAGAAAUAAGAGCACCUCUUCAGAAUCCCAGGAUGACACUUCCACAUGCUAUGAAAACACCAGCUACACUAGAAACCAGAGUAAUGAAGAUUUCACUCUCAAGGAUGUGGCUUCUGACGUGUUCAUUGACCAGACCAUUGAGUUGCCUGACCAGCAUGUGGUAAAGCCAAUGGAUAGUGAAAGCUUUCAUAGUUAUGAAUUUGUCAAUUCAGGUGAUGAGGGAACCAAUGAUUGCAACAUGGUCCAAAAUCAUAUGAAAGGAAAAGGACAGGAAGUGAUUCAGAACUCUCUGGAUCAAAAAACACUGCCCAUUGAAACAGCUGGGCUGAUUAGCCAGAGGAGCCAUGGGUGCUCCAGCUCAGGCACAGGACUUGAUAGAAGCAUCCCAACACAAUUGAGACCAUCUACAAAUGCUCACUUUCAAACCCAUCUUACAUCAUGCCAGGCAGCACAGCUGACUGAAGAUGAGCACCACAUGGAUGAGGCUGUUUUGCAACAUGCAAAGAAACGUCAGAGCCUGCGUCAACCACUCCUGGGUCAAAUGCGGCAGUCAUUGACUUUAGAAGUUGAAAGCCGCACAAAACAGAUCAUUUUGGAGACAGAGGAUCUACACAAUUCUCUCCUUUACCUCCAGCAGCAGACAGAAACCCCCUAUAUGGAAACAGAGAAUACUUCUGAGCAGUCACAGCGUUUUCGGCGCACCAGAGGCUUCCGCGUGUGGUGUAAUCAGGAGGUGUUCGAGAUCUCACGCUGCCUGCAAGAUGUCAUUGGCCAGCUGGAGCAGCAAGAGACCCAGAACAUCAAAUUGGAAGUCCGUACACUUGUACUUCGGCGAAUCAAUGUCCUUCAGCUUCGAACCAAGCGACUGAUCAAGGUUGGCCUUAAUCUCACAUUUUCUUAA